CCGGCCGGGAAAUUUGAGGAGUCAAAAAAGAAAAAAAAAGAAAAUCCAAAAAUAAAGUCAAGCUUUUCAUCAUUUUUGGUACAUUUCUUUGCAACAAGAUUGCAGUCGGGUCCUCGGUUCGCAUUCGAGUCGGUUCCAGUGGCCAGAACCGAAGUGGACUGGACCAAUCUGUCCAGAAUGCUACGACAACUCUCCGCCACACGGAGAAAGGCACUUCCGAGCGUGGCCCCACGCCGCGGCAGSCACAAAAACGUUCGGAGGGAGAACUACGAUUGCGGUGGUGUCGUUCGGGUUUCGUCGGGUAAUCCGUUGUGCCGGACCGUGGGUCGCUUCGAGGAGCGCCAGCGCCGCUACUUUCGGCACCACGUKCAGCAUCAUCACCAGCAACGGCGACAGCAAGGCGGGGGGUUCUCCUUCCAUCACAACUGCACCGAUCRUGCGACGCGKUGUGAUCUUUCCCGCAGAGACCUCCCGUCGUUUCAUCGCCUGCGGGCUUGCUAUUUUUCCAACGCGGCGGAACGGACCCUGGACGACGAGAACGCCGACGAUGACGCUGCGGUUCAUGYUGGCGGGGACCAAGCUCCAGACCAAGCGCCGGUGCACGCGAACCAAUCUACUGAGCACGAAGGAGAUCCUGGUUUGAAUCACRUUGGGAACCUCAAGCUGUGGUACCUGGAUCACCACGGAGAAAUCGGAAGCGUGGUUCAGGACGCUUUUGAAACGAAAAUGGUACAGAAUCCUAGCCAUAGUAUCCUGGUUCGAUGCGGUGGAGAUACGGACGCAGCGUUAUCUGGCAAGGGCCAGGAUGCCAUCGACGCCAUACAGCAAAUAUUCACGGCGUCGUUCACGUGUCCCGUCACGAACGAGCGAUACGAAGCCGGCAGGUUGUCCGGAUAUUUCGAUAUUGGCGACCAGAAUUUCUACAGCAAAAAAAAGGUUGCCCUACAGGCGGUUUCCGCGGUGGUGUUACRCCACAAGAUGGGGGCAAGCGACAGCARCCACGRCAACCCCAACACCAAAGCCGUCCUGGACAACGGCGAGGAGUACUCCUACCGAUUGCCGUCCACCAACGACCAAAACUCCCUCCGCCAAAGGCUUCAGGCAUUGUACAUGGMAAAAUUCAAGGUCAGCCCCACAAAGAGCCAAAGCCGAAUGACGAAGCAGUGCUUUGUUGGAAAAGAGCAAGGGGGGAGCUGGUGGACCGCCGCGUUCGUUUGCCCCGUYACGAGCCGAAUAUACGAAGCAGGAGACCUGCCGACAGMGUACGCACCAGACUCGAUGAAGAUGAACAAAGCCGGCCAAAUCUGGUACCGGAAAAAGUCCGAUGCGGUUCAUGCUUCGGCAUAUACCGCUAUCGAUUCCAUAGACUGGGAUGCAGAACUCUCCACGCUCGAGGAGGAUAAAUCCAAAACGGCUCCCGCCGAGCUGGAACAAUCUGCAAGAUCAACAGAUGUUUUGCGUGCUCUCUCGUUUUGGUUUUUGGAACAGCAGGGACAUACCGAUCUGGAUCUAUCGAUCGAAGAAAAUUUUGUGGUCACGGCCGGAACCGACGACAAAGGCCGGGAAGUGUGGACGGCAUCCUUUCUUUGCCCUCUUACCGGCGAACGGUUCGAUUCGGGGACAAUAAAUACCAACGACGCAGUCCCGGUCGCCGAAAUCGACCACCUGAAUUGGUACACCRACCGAGACACUGCCCUCAGGGCAGCCUCUCUCAGGGCAUACGAUGCCUUCCACUUUCGAGACACGGGGGUCACGGAUCCGCGAUUCUGCAGGGAAGAUCCCACCGAUUUCACCACAGGCAACGUAAGGGUUGGUGGCGAGGACAUCGACARUGACAGUGAGAAUGAUGAAGAUACAUAUACAGCCGACGAUUUGAUUGGUUACGAGGAGGAUGAGGAAGAUUUCAUCAUUGAAGUCAUUCCACAGCAGUUGAAUCUGUCCCGAGGGUUAGAGAGUGGUUCGAGCAAAACAUUGGACAUCAUUGCACAGGCGUGGAUUGAUUCAACGGUAGUUCCCAGCAGCGAAGAAAGCCCCAAACACGAGAUACAAAAGCUCCAAAAUAUAUACAGUGAACGACAAAGGACUAUCAAUAGGGCAAUGGAGUGGGUAUCCAAGCAAAAGCACGACUCAGUGAAGGAAACAAAYGAUCGAACCCAGUUCGAUGUGACAGGAAGAAUAUGCAACCUGAAGAUUGCGAAUGCUAUUCUUUCCUCUCUAGCRAAGAACCACCAACGCAUUCCCUUUGAUUCACGACCAGCCGGGGUGGAAAAGUGCGCAGCUGCCAUUCUCGAAAGCAUGUGGUCGUCGGAAUCGACGAUUCCCGAUGCCCAGUCGUACGCAUUGUACCUGAAGUGUCUCGAGGGGGAAACAGCCAAGGAGGUUGCAGGAAGAGCCCAAGAAAUUAUAAGUGCGAUGGAAUCGGGCGAUGAAUACAAUGGUAGGUUUCUACCGAAACCGAACGAGGCUGUUCACAGCAUUCUUGCCGAAUUAAACGCGUUGGCGGGAAUUUCUCCCCSAGACACCAUCCGCGGUUGUGAAAGCCUCGAUCGCAAUGUUCAUCUUUGCCAUUUAUCUGCCAUGGCCCACAAYCCAACCAUGUUUGAUGCCAAACUUGCCAYCGAGUGCAUCGAUCAAAUGAGAACUCUGUCAGAAACCCAUARUUGCCCUUCAUUACAGCCUGAUAUUGAAGCUUACAACGCACCACUUCGUUGGAGUGGCGGAUCGCUAAGGUCACGGCUUUAUUCGAGAGUAAUCCCUUGGGAUUCCUACAGCGAGAUUUUUGAGGAUGGAUUCGUAUCGGAAUCGAAUGCUGCUGCGUUGCUGGAGMAGGCAGCGAAAGUUGAGGAAUGGAUCGAAAUGAUGAAGUCGAAAACAGAAAACGACGAUGCUCUGGCUCCAAAUAUUGAGACUUACGAAAGUCUUAUUCAAGCGUGGGUACGCUGUGGGAGCAUGGAAAGCCUUUUGCGGGCAGAGACGAUUGCAAAUAAUCUAAUARCUGGUGACUACCCAUGUAUCCGGCCCCGACUUCAGACUUUUUAUCCAAUCAUCGGUGCAUGGGUAUAUUCUGGAUGCGACGAAGGCCCCCAGAGUGUGGAAUCAUGGAUAGAUCGGAUCCUUCUUCUACAGUUAGAACCGGACAUAGAUUCCCGCCUCGGUUUUCCUCAUCUUUCAAUUAUGAGUCAACUCUCACUGCAGCGACAGAUUCUCAAGCAGUCGGGUGACACUCCUGACUCCAUGAGCCGUAUAAAGGAGAGUGCAAUUAAGAGCAAUGAAAUUCUUCGAAGUAUAAUUGAGGAACAAAACAACGCCGCAGAGUUCAGAAUCGGGAGUGACAUGUUCAUGCUAGUYAUCAAUGCCUGGUGUAAUGUUGCCUCUACUGCCUUAUCACAAAAUAUAAUGGAAGAGGUCAGGCAAUGCUCUCGAGAGAUACAAAAGGUUGUGAAUCUCUUUGAUGAAAUGUUAAUUUCGCUCAAUAUGGCAGACGAUUCACAGGAGGAGAAUCAGUCAAAAUACUCCAGAUUGCUAAAUGAAGCUCCUUCKGUCUAUGGUGCUCAGAUUGCAGCACURAACAAGUUACAGACAGAUUUUGAUGUUUCCCAUGAGGGAUCCUGGAGUGACGAUGGCCUUAGGCAACAACAGAUCUUCAUAGAGGAAAAGAUUCGAAGAUUGGAAGAGUUCAAUUUCUUUUUCUCGGGAGAUAASAACGUCAAAAUAGCCGAUUCCCAGAAUUGCAAUUCAGAAGUCAAUAUUAUGUCACCCUUUCCAAACGAAGUUUACAUGACAGAUCCUUCUUGCAGAGACUGGGCUGAUUUUAUUUAUCUAUCCCUUGAUAGUAUUGAAAAAGGAACCAACAAUUUUUCUCACGGAGAAGCUGAUUUCCUUCGGMUAUGCACCCUAAUUACAAGAGUUACAUCUAGCGCAAUGCCUUCGGUUUUGACCUCUGAAUCUAGAGACCAGAUUUUUCACAAAGUUAUUGACCUMCUGGAAAUUUACGGCAGUCAAAACCAGGAUCGCAUGACGGUUGUUUCUACACUUGUUCAAUCAUUGAAAAAGYGUGUAGGGACUCAACAAGACAAAGAAACGAAGUCUUUGCAUGGAUGCAUUCUCAGGUGUGGAACAAAUGAACAAUUGGACGAAGARGAUGCCAACGAUUUAACCGUUGCCMAUGUCCAAACAAAACGAAAAAUGAGGAGGAAGAGGUCUCGUGGGAACGAAUUACAAGGAAGCUCGUAUUCUCGUUCAAGAGUACCAAACCGCUCACUGUCAAGGCGCUCUCGUUCGCAUCGUGUUAAAUCAAAUAAUUGAAAUGAAUAAAAUGYACCAAAUAUG